AGCUAGAGUGAUCACAGACAGGGAGACCGGAGAUCAAAGGGUUUCUGUUUUGUGACGUAUGCAACAACAGAAGAUGCAGCAGGAGGAGCGUCGGCGUUUGUUCUCUAGGGUUCAAGCUUAAUGUUCGAUUUCCAGACCAAAACAGUACAAAAAUCUGCAGCUUCCCCUGAUGUCGAGCCCGGCGAUUGUUCUAAAAAGAGAUGCAUGCCUCCCUCAAGCUUCCCCAUUUCUUCGCGCCUAAGACUUUUUAUGGUGUCUUCCCGGAGGAAGUGCUCAAAAGGCUUGUUCGGUGCAAGUGCUCUGAUGAAAUUGCAUAACCCGGUAAAGGUUUUGCAGAAAGAGCUUCUCCAAGAACUUCCAACACUAGUCAACUCGAUGUCAGACUCUGUUCCUUUCUCUCUAAUCAGUUUGAUAUACAGGGCAGUUUCUGUUGCUACAGCAAUCACGACAACGGAUCUUGUCGGAGGAACCACAAUUCGAGUUAGGGGUGUGGCAAAAGGCUCCGGGAUGAUCCAUCCAAGUAUGGCAACCUCCUGAGACUGUGACCAUGGCCAAGAGACAGGGUUUCAUGUACUGUUGUUGUGUUAUGAUCUCAAUUUGUAAACUUAUUUUGCUUCAUAUUAAAGUUGACUUAUCAUACUUGAUACAAAUGCAAAUGCACACAAAAACAAAAACAAUUGUAAUUUGUAGGUAAUAUAAAUAAACUUUUUUAACGUAUGUAUGCCUUAAUUUGUAUUGAUAAACUAAAAAAUGUUGUACAAGUCAAAAGAAAGAAGAGGCAUCUGGUGGAUGGGUAAUUUGUAACAGUAUAUAUAUAUAUAUAUUUUUUUUUGUCGUCUUUAUAAUAUUUGAAACCCAACAUGGGUAAAGCAGAGGUUACAAACUUUUCGCAGGCCCGUAACAUAUUAAACUAAAGCCCAAAGAAACUAACGUUACAAGCCCAAACACGUGUAAGGACACAUGUAACCUAAUAACAACAUAACCAAGACACGUGUCAUAAAACGAAAAUGUUCGAAGCAGCGCCGUCUCUCCACCGUGUCACCGGCGAAGCUUGAAUCUUCAUCACCUCCACAAGCUGCAUCAUAGAACCACUGCUUGUGCCUUUUGCAAUUGAUCACCGUAGGAAAAUGCCCAGAUCUUCAACUUAGCCAUCGGAGAAGAAAUAAGGGAAUCACUGAAAGAUCAGAAGACAGAAUAUUUGUCAAAACACUUCGGAAGAAGCUUCGACGUUACUUACUCUGCUUUAGAUCUACCAAAAUUGAUUCCAAAACUCGAGUCUUCAAUCAUUAAGAGAACCACCUCUCUGUAACGACUUAAUAAAUAACAGAGAAGCGUAAAAUUACUCCCCCAUGAAAAAGAACCAAGCAUAAACGAUAGUAAGAGAUCUGAACAAAGCCUAUGGAAUAAAGUGAGACUCUUGCAAAAGAUGAGAGAAAACAAAGCAAAAACAAAAUUAUCCGACAAAACGGAAAGAAAAAUCCGACUAAGCGGAAACCGAAAUCCGUCUAAACGGAAGAUAUAGACAAGAACAAAAGAUCCGAUCAAGUCGGAAAUCGCCUCUCUCUCUCUGAAGGAUACGUGAGAGAGAAGAGAGAGAGAGUUUAUAUAACAGUAUAUUUAAAAGUACAUGUAAACAUAUAAAAGUAAAAAGAUGGUAAAAUGCAUAUUUAUAUAACCUUGUAUGUAAUUGUUAAUUCUAAUAUCG